CUUCGUCUUAUGACAAAUUUGCAUAUAACAACCACUCACUACUCACUAGUCACUCUGACAUCCCUCAAGGUCUCAACAAGCACAGGUUCGAGCAUUUUCGAGCUACAACCAAUUCCGACCCGAUAAUAUUGACGAGAGUGAAAAAUCCAACAGAAAAAUGUUACGCUCAGCACGUCGUUGCUCCUGUUGGGCUGUUCACUUCCACAAAUCCCACCGACCGUACAUAACGGCGCCUGCGUUUCAAUCCUUGUUCUCGACCUCCACCCCCGCGCCGCCCCCGCUCCGAGUCGAGCUCACUGAGUAUGCUGGCCGAGGCGUCUUCGCCUCUCGGAGAAUCGGUGCCGGCGAACUCAUCCACACCGCAAAACCCAUUCUUUCUCAUCCUUCUCUUCCGUCGAUUCACUGCGUCUGCUAUUCAUGCCUGAGGAGACUUCCGGAGCGCGAUGGCAGCUUGGGAUCUCCACAAAGUGUGUCGUUUUGCAGCAAACAAUGCGAAGAUCAAUCAGUGAAGUUUUAUGAUGUUGAGAACAAGGCAGAUUGGUCGAGAUUUGAUGGAUAUUGUCGACUGCAGGGCCUAAAGUAUCCGCUUCUAGUCAAACGGUUUGCUUGUCAAGUUAUUUCCGGAUCUGUUACUGCUGACAUGCUCGACAUACUCCAACCAGAGAAUUUAUCCUUUGAAAAAAUUGCUGAGAUGAAAAGGGAGUUUUGCCUGUUUAGAAGUACCAUUGAGGACUCGGGUAUUGAAAGUGAGCUGAUAGAAUUUUUGACUGAAGAAUGGUAUACUGGCGUUUUGGCACGGAUUCGUAUCAAUGCUUUUCGAAUCGAAUUGCCCAUUGGAUCAUAUGAAGAUCUUCUUUCCUGCGCAGCAGCAGCAGUAGCAGCAGAAGCUGCUGUUGGAAAUGCCAUUUAUAUGCUUCCAUCCUUGUACAAUCACGAUUGUGAUCCUAAUGUAAAUAUAUUAUGGACCGAGAAUGUGGAUGCUAAAAUAACAGCUCUCCGAGACAUUGAAGAAGGGGAAGAAUUGCGGAUAUGCUACAUCGACGCUAGCAUGGAUUAUGAUGCACGGCAGGCAAUACUGUAUCAAGGAUUUGGUUUCAGAUGCAAGUGCUUUAGAUGUGCUUCGAAAGACUAAAUUUUCAGAAAAAGAUAACAGAUAUUCUCGGAUGUUUUUAGCCACAAAAAAGGAUGUUAUAGUCUUAGGAAGGUAGUAAUGUUGUCAAGCAUGUACAAUCUUCCAUUUACCUCGUGUGCUUUGUAAGACAUUUUUAUUGAGUUCAACAUACUGUUUCUCAACUGAGUUGCAUUCACAUGCAUAGGAUAUAAAUCCCAAGGAUUAGAAUCGACCGGCAUAUCCUGACAUCAAUCUGACCAUCUUACAAAAAUUUUGUAUUGCUUUUGGGGGCUAUUUAAGUUAAUAUUGA